AUGAUUAAAUAUUCAUUGUAUAAUGAAAGUCAUUAUGAAGCUAAGUUGAAGGUUACAGAAAUUCGAAAUAAGUAUGUCUUCGAAUAUCCGUGUGAAAACAACCAUGAUUGUACAGACUACGUCAUCACAUUUUCACCAGGUGUAUACAAAUUGGAGUUGUAUGGUGCAUCAGGUGGAAGUUCAACUGGUCAUGUGUCAUUAUAUCGAUAUCCUAAUGGUUCAUGUAUUGAAGACAGAAUUGUUGAAUCUGUUAAAGGUAAUGUUAAAUGUCUUCAACAGUCUAGUCUCGGAGGUGCAGGUGCAUAUAUCAGUGGCACAAUAUAUUUAUCUAAUGAAACUAUCGCAUAUGCCACUAUUGGAGGUCGAGGAAUAUAUAAAUAUAAAAUUAAUGAAAGAAACACUCUUGCAUGUUAUGCCAAAGAAAACAUGACCGAAGGAGGUUAUGGAGGUGGGGGAUAUGGUGGAAAUUUAUAUCCUGAAGGUGUAGGUUCAGGAGGUGGUCAAACCGCCGUCAAAUUUGUCAAAAACGAUCUUUGGCAUCGAGUCAUUGUGAGUGGUGCUGGAGGUGGUUCUGAUAACAGAGCUGGUACACUUCAUCAACAAGAUGAUGGUUCAGGAGGUUCAGGAGGUUUAGUAGGACAAGGUUGGUACACUGAUGGACUUUAUUACUCAAAUUAUUUAGCGAAUUCAACAUUUGGAUUCAGUUUUGGCUCAGGUGAAUCAGCGCAACUAAAGAAAACAUUAAACCCAAAUGGAGUUCAGAAUCCUGGUGGGCAAAGUGAUCGGCCAGGUUCAGGCUCAGGUUGGUUUGGUGGUUUUUCGAGUCAACAUGGAAAUGGAGGUUCAGGAGGAGGAAGUUCAUGGAUUUUGUCUAAAGAUGCAAUUAUUCCAGAGAUCGAUCUAGAUUCAUAUGAUAGUUUUUAUAAUUUUCUUGGAACAUCUAAAUAUGCAUUCACAAAGGCAGACUAUUUAUUUCAUAAUGCCAUUGAUGCAUCAGGUAUUUGGGAAGGCAAUGGUAAACUUGUCAUUACUAUUCUUAAUUUCGUUAAUUGUCCAACAGUUUGUGUUUGUUAUCGACAAAACUUCAUGAGCAGCAUUUAUGUUUUUAUUUUAAUGUAUGAUAGCUAA